AUGAGGACGACGGCGGAAAGAUUCUCUCUUGAUCGUGCCACCACGUCAGUGCCUGUCCGCAAAGUACGGUUCAGCGAAGCUAGCAAACUGCAAUUUCGGGCGCGAGCACAAAGACUCGCCGCUCGAGGCACUCUCCGAGCUCCGACCCUUAAGGAAGGCCAGAUGUUGAAGGCUGAAAAGAUGUUAGUGCGGGUGGAGAUCACACAACAAUCUUUGAGAAACGGAUUUGACGAAAGGACCAGUCAAGGAGUUGAAACCAGGAGCACGGAUGACUGGCGUGAAUUCAUGGUUGUCACCCGCAGCCAUGUGGAAGAUGAUGCUUCGGCAGUGCUGCAGCUCUACAAAUCACGCGUGAUAGCCGCGUCUGCUACUGAAAAGGUCAAAUCCAAGCCGAAGAUAGAGAUCCCAUUGAGCAGGAAGCGGACAAAAGUCAACAUUUAUUCUUCCCUGGAUAAGACACUGUGCGUGUGGCAUGCAGAGGGAUCGAAGACAACAAUAUACUACUUACGUGCUCAGUGUGGUGCCUCUGCCGUGGAGUGGUACACCUCCCUUGAGAACUUGCUCGGACACGACCGCGCACAAACGCUACAGGUUUAUAUACCUCACUUCUGUGUCAGUCUUCGUCUUGAAAAUCCAUUCUCAUUGCUCGAGGCUUCCGACGCGCUGUCGAAAGCGGCAGAGGGAAAUGAAGAGGCUCUGAUGCAAGCUAUGGUUGAUGAGAAGAGCGUUGCUGGCGCUAUCGUAGCAAGAUGCCUGGAGAUGCUCAAGGAUAUGCCCGAAUGGUCAGAUGUGCUUCGCGAAUGGGUAGAACACGAGAAAAUUGGACUGGCAUGGAAACGUUAUGAUCGACUCGAAUGGGUUUACGGAGCCGUUGAACAGAAGAUGUACGGUACCAUCGCCAUGCAGAGGACACACGACCUGGAGCUUCGGCCCAAGGAUCAUUAUCCAGACCACACUCGACUUGCAGACGGAACAUCAGUGGAGGAACCUGCGCCCAUAGAAGGGUUCUUGAUCCGCCUCACAUCUCAGAAAGGUCAAGAACGAAGUCUAGGCAGACUGCUGUUCAAGCGCCUAUACUUCACGUCGCAGAGCCAAUACCUACUUUUUCUUCGCCCUACAAAAGCGUUGCCGCCGCUGCUUCCAGAGCAACCUAAGAUGACACAAUCCACCAGCAUUCCCAGACUGACGGACUCUGACAGCGGUGCUCCGCUGACGAUUGAAAUCGAUCCCUAUCCGCUCGCCGAUGACAAGAUAUCGUGGCUGUGUGAUGAGGCUGUUGAGCCCAAGGAGUCUCAAGUUGGCCACGACAAGAUUGCCGAGGAUGAAGCUGAGCGGAAUUUGAAGAUGUUGCUCUCGGCAGAUGGCUUCAUCAACCUGUGCGAGGUCAAAAUUGUGCGCAAAUUUCGGCGAGGUGCGGCGGCAUCGGACGAAGACAUUCAAGAUGGCUCCGAGGUCGACUUCCAUCAAGAACUGCCAGACACUAAUCAUGCUGAUGGCGGCACGACUGAGCUAGACGAAGAUCGCGUUUUCGAGCUUGUUAUGAAGAACGACUUGGUUGUUCGUCUACAAGCCUACAAUAAAGCUGCGCGAACAGAAUGGAUGAAGCGAUUACAACUUUUGGUGACUUACUGGACUGAGCGCAUCAAAGCCGAUAUGGAUCUAUACAAAUCCACUCGUCAACAAAAUCUUCGGCAGCUAGGGAUCGACGAGAGAGCCGAAGCGCUUGUAGGACAAUUCGCCUACAAGUGGGAAGUUAAGAAAUCACUCGCCUCGCCGUCUCUCUACAACAUGUGUGGUAUCGCAGAAUGCAGACCCAUACACAUCUCCGGCACGCUAUUCCGCAAGCCCCGAAAGCACUCCACAUUCAGCCGAUGCCAUGUCAUCCUCUCGCAUGGCCACAUGCUCAUCUUUCAAGACACUCUCCGUAAACGCAGCGGAAAAACAAUCGGUCAUAUUCACCACGAGCGCAUCAGCUCGAUAUCCCUUCAAGACUCCUAUUUAUACUCCGGCCUCCUGACCGAGGGCGACCUCCUCUACCAGAACCAAACUUUUGACUCCAAUAUGCCAGGUCAUCAUUCACUCCCCCGCGUUUAUCUCGAAGACGGCUGGACAAGCACCGACGAAGAUGCCAUGACCACCUUCGUCAUCUGGCACGCUAACAGCAAAUCGUGGUUCAAGAGCGCUAACUACGUCGACGAUGUGCGCACGCAAGAAGACCAACAGCUUGAUUCUGGGAAGGUCAAGACGAAGCUCACUAGGGUGAGCCAGCUUGGCGCCACGGGUCGCAGUGUUGUCUUCAAGGCGCGGAGUCGUGCCGAAAGAGACCAUUGGGUCAUGGCCAUCCAAGCCGAAACCGAGCGCAUGGUGGCUCAUAAUGACGAAGUGCGCAUUGUCAACGGCUCUAAGGGAUCUGCUGGCCGGUGA